AGCCGCAGAAGAAGAAUCAGCAUCAAUAGACGAUCUUCGACGGGGAUGUGUCACUCGGACCGUUUAGUGGUAAGAAGUGAGGAACUCUGUCGACUCGUUAAACCACCGGGGCUCAAAGUCCCCGACAUUAACGGCACCGAGCAGUUGAUCUCCUGUGAAGAAGAUUUAACCUCUAAGAUCUCCAGAAGUUCACGUUUCAUCCCGCUGUGUUUGAGAAGACGAGGGAGCUUCUUCAUCAGCUGAUGUUCUCGAUCCUCCAGGACUUCAUCUGGUAUCUAAGCCCGGUUCUGGCUGGUCCUCAUGUGGCUGUAGACCUGCUGCAGAGUCCGGCUGCAGGGAUGAGUCCAGCUCAGGGUUUGUGGAGAACUUGUUGUUGGAGCUGACGUCUCGAAGUCCCUCCUGCCAAAGAAGCUGCCACCAGAACCCUCAGAGAGAAGAACCCAGGAGCACCAUGCCCACCAACCAGUCGUCCCCCUGGGGAGACGGUCCGUCCUCCGAGUCCUCCGGAGAACCUGGAACCACCAAAGUGCCUUUCAGCCCCACGAAGGACGACACCGACGCCCGGACGUCCAACGGCGCCUCGGAAGACGACGGAGGAACCACCUGGAGCCGGAUCACCGCCGUGCCUCACCUGGACGUCCCGGAGCCGACAGGAAGCUGCUCACCUGGAGGACGGAGUCAGCAGGCGGCAGCAGGCAACGCACCAAUCAGAGGACGGCGCCCCCUGCAGAUCGCCAACCAGCCGAAGCUGGAGGCUGCCGACUCUUCGUCUCCUCCUCUGUGCCUUAGUAAAAAAGACUCCUCCAGCCUCAGCUCUAAAAAACCUGAAAUAAGAAGCACAAGAACGAGAACGAAACGGAGGAACCACUCGGCCAAACUCACCACUAAACGCUGUCAGGCUCAGAACGGCAGCUCGAUGGGAAGCAGAAGCUCCCAGCUGCUGGCCAGAGGUGGACCUCCGGCUGGUCUACCUGCUAGCAGAACCAGCAGAACCAAACAGGACAGUCGGCGUUGUCUGGGAGGACGGUUCGGUCCAAACGGCCUCACGCCAACUGGGAUCAGUGCCGGAGUCGGUGGCAGUCAGGAGGAGACGCCAGCAGCUGUUACUGCAGAUGUGACCUCCAGCUGUGCAGCAGAACCUCUGGGCUCCGUCACCUCCCAGAUCUCUGCCAUCCAUCUGACCAGGAAGGACCAGCCUCCAUCCCCGACCCCAGAGGACGGUCUGCAGGCCCAGAAUCAGCCUUCUGCUGGUCUGGACUCGGUGGAGGAGGAACUUCCUGAUGAGCUGGAGAACGCCUGCAGUGACGACGAUGGUUCCUACUGUUCGUCCAUCAUCGGCUCCUCGUCCACGGCUUCAGUCGCUCAGCUGUCGAGCGUCGAGGAGCCGAUGCUUCUGGAGGCUGAAGACGAUCGAGAAGAACGAGCGGCGCUGGUUCCCAGUUUGUUCCCUCUCAUCCCUCCAACGCUCUACUUCAGCACCGCCCAGGAGAAAGUGGAGCUCCUUCCUGCAGACCAGCGCCGGCAGCUGAAGUGGAAAAUGAGCAGCGUCACUCCGAACGUCGUCAAACACACCGUCGGCAGGUCGCACUUUAAAACCACCAAGAAAAGCCACGACUGGCUGGGCUGCUGGGGUCACCACAUGAAGUCUCCGAGCUUCAGGACUCUGGGAGAACAUCAGAAGCUGAACCACUUCCCAGGAACCUUCCAGAUCGGCAGGAAGGACCGGCUCUGGAGGAACCUGUCCAAGAUGCAGGUCCGCUUCGGCAAACAGGAGUUCAGCUUCUUCCCCAAAACCUUCAUCCUCCCUCAGGACAUCAAGCUGCUCAGGAAGGCGUGGGAGGACAGCGGCUCCAAGCAGAAGUGGAUCAUCAAACCGCCGGCCUCUGCCAGAGGAAUGGGGAUCCAGGUGAUCCAUAAGUGGAGCCAGAUGCCUCGGAAGAGACCCCUGCUGGUCCAGAAGUAUCUCCACAAGCCCUACCUCAUCAGCGGGAACAAGUUCGACCUGCGGAUCUACGUCUACGUCACGUCCUACGACCCGCUCAGGAUCUACAUCUUCUCUGACGGACUCGUCCGCUUCGCCAGCUGCAAAUAUUCGUCUUCCAUGAAGACUCUGAGCAACAAGUUCAUGCAUCUGACCAACUACAGCGUCAACAAGAAGAACUCUGAGUACCAGAGCAACAGCGACGACAAGGCCUGCCAGGGACACAAAUGGGCUCUGAAGGCUCUGUGGCACUUCCUGGGUUCUAAGGGAGUCAACACCUCGCUGCUCUGGGAGAAGAUCAAAGACAUCGUCAUCAAGACCGUCAUCGCGUCUGAGCCGUACGUCUACAGUCUGAUGAAGGCCAACGUCCGCUCCUCCUACAGCUGCCACGAACUGUUCGGCUUCGACAUCAUGCUGGACGAGAACCUGAAGCCCUGGAUCCUGGAGGUCAACAUAUCCCCAAGCCUCCACUCCAACACGGCGCUGGACGUGGCCGUUAAAGGCCAGAUGAUCAGAGAUCUGCUCAACCUGGCCGGCUUCAGGAUUCCCUCCAGAGACGACGUGUUGACGCCCUGCAGCAGCGCCUCCAGCUCCACCAGCAGUUUGUGUGGAGGAGCCAGAGAGAGAAGUAGAUCCGACCUGUCUGCAGACGAGAAAGUCAAACGAGCUUUUUACCUGACGCAGCGCUACGCCGACCAGGACUUUUUCGCCUCGGUUUUGGACGUUUUGACUCCGGAGGACGUUCGAGUUCUGGCCGAGACCGAAGACGAGUUCAGUCGCAGAGGAGAGUUCGAGAGGAUCUUCCCGUCGCCGUCGUCGUCUCGCUACCUUCGAUUCUUCGAGUGUCCGAGAUACCUGAACAUCCUGCUGGACCAGUGGGAGCAGAAGUACUGGAACAACAGGACCAAAUCUAUCUGUCUGCUGAGGAUGCUGUGUCAGAAAGGAGUCCAUCUGGGAACCAGUGAUCCAGCUCACAUGUGGUCCAGGUGCAGCUCCAUCUCCAGGGUUGAAGGCCACAGACCAGAACCUGUCAGCCCAUCCAGAUCCAGGGUGGUGGUUUCUCUUCGGCACCGCUCCCACCACGACGAUGACGGUUCGGACCAGGAGGUGGCUUCGGUCUCCAGCCUUCCAGCCUCCCCCAGUCCUGGAUCCAGCGUCUCCAGCAGUGCCUGUACCAGCCCCCCGCCCAGCCCCGCCCAGAGCCUGCUGCCUCAACAGUUCGCCUUGCUCUGACCGGACCGGUACCACAACAGACACAACGCUCAGGGUCUAAUCCAGCCUCACCCUCCUCACAAACACUGAUGGCAAGGACGUACAACAGCGAAUACACACUGAGAUUAUAUGCAUAAAGUGGCUCUUUUCUGAGUUCAGGUUUACUGCCACGCCAGUGAGCAUAUCACAUUUCCAGAACCAGACUAGUGUUCCUAAUAAAUAUCGCUAACAUGCCAAGCACUGUUCAUUUUGUCGAAGAGGUUCUGAGCUUUUACGUGGAGUGAAAAUCAUCCUGCUAAGACUUGAACCACGCCGGAGAUGCCCGAUCCUUCCCAGAGACGGCUUAGUUAGGUUUGUGAUGCAGUGCAGAGUUGUGGGUUUACCUCGUUAACAUUUUUUAGGAUUUGAACGUAGUCGUUAAGGCUGCAAUGAACAGAGGUUAGUGCUGCUGGGAAAACGCCAACACAGAGAGCAUUUAUCCUGCAGAAAUGUUUUAGUCAGUGCAAUCAAGAAGUUUAGAGACUGCGCCUAUAAAAAAAACUGCAUCAGAUUUAAAUGAAUGAAAAUCCCUGGUGACACAGUCUCCCAGUGCUCCUGGAAGUCCAGCUCUGUAAACAUGCCAAGCUCUGUCUGCGAUGAGCUGAAUCCCCUAAACAGCGACUCCAAAUCUUUUUACUUUUUGGGAUAAGGAAGAAGUCACAGGGAGAGCAACAACUGUGUUGGCGCCCAAAAACUUGUGGAGCUGAACUCUGAAUCCAGAUAUCUGCUGCGUCAUACUGACCAGUUACAGAUAUCUGGUUUAGUUUGGACAGAAUAUUAGCUGCAAACACCACUUAUCAGGUACUUACAAUGCAGUCUUGACUUCCCUUGCAGAAGUUUUACUCCAGAUUUCUAUAACAUCAUUCUGUCCAGUCACAACCAUAGCUGGAGAUGUCUGUUAUUGUGCUUUGACUGGUCAUAAUAUUAGCUGCAGACACCACUUAUCAGACACUUCGAAUGCAGUUUUUACAUCCUUUACCAGACAUCUUAACAUUAUAUCAAACACUGCAGAGUUGGACUGUUAUGUAUGGUACAAAAAUGGUCUAUUAACUAGUCAUAUUUACUGUCAGGCACUUGUAAAGCAGUCUUGACAUCCCUUACAGAAAUUUUCUAUAACAUCUUUCUGUCCAAUCAAAACCAUAGUUGGAGAUGUCUGUAAUCCAGUUUGGACUAUUCAGAAUGGUAGCUGCAGACACCACUUAUCAGACACUUAGAAUGCAGUCUUUAACUAUGUAUCAAACCAUAGUUAAGAUGGUUAUGUGACCAGUUUUUCUUCUUUAGCUUGGAUUAUGUCCUUAAGGCUUUUCAUCUCCUCUUCAGAGGUGGUCUUCAUGUUUUGAAAUGAGUCUUUUUCCUGAGAAAUCUCUAUUUCUUUCUGAGCCAACAAGGUUUCUUUCGCCUUGCUGUGGAGUUUGACUGUCAUGUAUGGUAUAAAAACUACAUAGUAACCAUCAUAUUUACUCUCAGACGCCACUUAUCAGGUACCUAUCGUGCUGUCUUGAUGCCCCUCACCUGUUGGGAAAAAUGGCUGCCAUACACAGUUUUGAUUGCAGUGCCAUAGUAUGUUUGAAAAUAGCUCACCGUAGCUUCUGAUGUGACCGCAGAUAUCCACAAUGUUAGUCUGAUGAGUCAGAUUUAGGAAGUUUGUAAGAACAUGCCAAGUACACGCAUCAAGAACAGUCCCAGAACUUUUCGAUCACGCUCAGUCCGAGCUAGCUGAUGGAUGGAUUCCAACAGUUAUUCUGCGGUUUGUGUGUAUGCAGGGUUUUCUCACAGUAUUACUCCCAAGUACUUCAAAAACCACACAACCUUUUUGCUUCUAAACCACGUGCCAAGAUCCAGAGAUCCCUCCUGCUGCUCUCCGGCCUUAAACUGUGAAGAACUGGGUUUCCAUGAAGCAGUUGCUGAACAAACCUGCAGGUGUUACACUGGUGCGACAGUAAACAACACUGUGAUUCCUCUUUAAAUCAGACUGUUUAAAGGCGUUUAAAGGACUGUUGUCAUCACGUUCCUGCCUUACGGACUGUAGAGUGAAGAAAAUACGACGGAGGGACGAGGAUUGAGAGAAGCUGCUCUAACGACACAUUUCUGACUUUCUUCCUUCUGGCUGAUGGUGUUUCUGCUGUGUUUAACAAACCUUCAGUGUGUUCUAGAUGAUCAGACGUUUAUUCCUUGUUCGACAGCGCAUGUUAGGAGACAAACAUAAGAGUUAAUAUUGCAAAUAUUUCUGUUUAUCUCAGAGCAGUUUUUUAAAAAGGAGCUUCUCUGUGAUGCUUGUUUCUACACAAAAUAUAGGAUUUAUUGAAAGCUGCCAAAAUGCAAGUAAAGCACCAGAUUUAAAAGAUAAUUGUGGUUUAUUUUAGUGUGUUGUGCUUUUUUUUGCGAACUUUGUAUUCUGCACCUCCGUUGUAGAGGUUCAGACCAAUAAAACGGCAUCAAUUUAUGAGAUUCAAGUUACAUGACUUGUCCAAAAUAACCCAAAAUGGUAUAAAACGAGUUCAUAACUGUCCGCACUGACCCAAAAUGUGUGUAUAUUGAGAAAAAAUUGCCCGAAAUGUCAAAAAUUAGAUUUUAAUUGUCUACAAAGGUCAAAAAACUGUCAAAUGACAAAAAUAUGUUGUAAAAGACAAUGAAAAUUGUCCAGAAUGGCCCAAAAGUUGCCCCAAAAUGCGUUGUAAUUGUUUAGUAUUAUGCACAGCCUGUUUUGAAAUGACUCAAAUUGUCCAAAAUGUCUUGACACUUGUCCGGAUUUGCUCAAAACUUGUCCAAAAUCUUUACAGUGUGACUGAAAUGAAACAGAAACGACCCACCUGGAACUGUUGAGCCAUUUUGGACCAUUUUUUUAGUCAAUUUUUCAAAACAUUUUGGACAAUUUGAGUCAGUUUGACCAAAUUUUGGGUCAUUGUGAACAGUUUUCAACAUAUUUGGAGAUUUUCUAACCGAUAUCUGAAGUGAUUUUUGCCAAAUUACUGAAUUAAAAAGUGAAGCGAAGAGUACAAAGUCGUCAGCAAAGAGACGUAACGGAAACAUUCAGAAAUAAACCAGAAUUCUCUUUUAAACCCUGAAAGCACCACUUUGCUGCUCAGAUGUAAAGUUCCAGAGUUCUUAUGGUUUCCUCAGGAAAAUAAUUCCACAAAUCUCCACCUGCUGUGAGACAAACUUGAAGUGUUCGGGUUCAUCUUCUCAGUGUUCAUCUCAACAACCUGACAUGAAGCUGGUCGGAGCUCAGAAACUGUCGCAGGAAAUCGUCUUUUUCUGCUCAUUUUGAAUAUUUUAAAUCAUUCAAAGUUAUUGCAACUUCAUGUUUGCGGAGAAAUGAUUCAAAGAUUUUCAAUUAUAGUGACGCAAACGGUACAAAAAUAGGAAGAGUGAAUGUGAACGCAUUUUCACUCAGUAAAGGACAAAACAAUGGCUUGUUAAGAAAAGUUUUGGUGGUUGAGUAAUCGGUCAGAUAUGACGACAUAUUAGAGCCUCUGUAGUUAAAAGAACAAAACAAAUAAAUCAAACUAAAGGAUAAAACUCAUAAUUUCUGAGAAUAUGCAUGUUUUUGUGAAUUUAAAAUGAUUUUUUUGGUCACAAAUUUAAACAUUUUUCCAUCUGAGAAUUUGCAAAUUUGUAAAUUUGGGAGUUUACUCUCAGAAUUAUUUUUUUUUCACAAAUUUAUACCCAAUAAUCUUGAAUAAUUUUCAGUUUUCUUGUAAAUUUGUGUUUUUCCUCAUGAAUUUACAUCUUUUUCCCUCCCUGGCUCCAUUAAAAAUAUCCCUACUGUGAACACAAAUGUUAUUAACCGAUUAAAAGGUCAGUUUCAGAAUAUGCAAAAUAUUUCUUGUGAGUUUAUUUUUAGACAGUCUUGAGUUUUUCACGUUUUAUAAUUUUAAAAAUUCUGAAUACGCACAUUUUUUUCUAGAAGUUCUCUUGAAAUUAAAUUCACAAGUUUACAACUUUUUACAGGCAAAUCUAGUAAUCUUCAUAAUCUCUCAAUAUGCAAGUUUUCUUAUCAAUGUAUCUUUUUUCUUGUAAAUGUAAUAUUUUCUUUAAAUAUUACCCUCCCUAGCUCAGUAACACUGACUCUAAUAUGCCGUCAUAUUAGCAGAACAUUGACACACAAACAGACCAUUACAGCUGAUUUUCUGAGUUUUUUUCUACUCAACCCAUAUAAGAUUUGGUAUUUGUCUUAGACUAACUGAGCUGAAAUCAGAAGAUCAUCUCGUUGGUCAGUGACUCUUUCUCUGCUCCUGAUCCUCGCUGCCGUCUUGUUUGUUUGCUGCUUUUCAGAGUUUCUAUUUGACAGUUCUAUGACGCUGCAGUUUGUUUUUUCCACCAGUGAAAUGUUCUAAGUGCAGAUAUUUUUACUAACGGACAGCUGUCACAUUUCCACGUUAAAGGGCUGUUUACAGUGCUCAGGAUGACAAUUCUAAAAUAAAAACAUUUGUGGUAAAAGUC